AUGGCUUCAUCAUUAGCUGAUUCGCUUACUAUUAUUAGAAAAGAAAUCGUUAUUUAUUUUGUUAUUCCAUGUUUUAUUCUUGGUGUUAUUGGUGGAUGUCUUAAUGUAAUUAUAUUUCUUAAUUUAAAAACAUUUCGACAAAGUUCAUGUUCAUUUUAUUUAAUGAUUAUGUCAUUAUUUGAUAUUGGUCGAUUCUUUGUAAAUGUCUUACCUUAUAUUAUGCGUUUUGGUUAUGGAAUAGAUUGGGGAUUAAGUUCAUUAUUCUUUUGUAAAUUAAGAUUUGGCAUGUUUACAACAUGUACAUUAAGUUCAAUGACAUGUUUAUGUUUAGCCGUUAUGGAUCAAUAUUUUGCUACAUCUUUUCAUAUUCGAUGGCAACAAUGGUGUAAUAUUAAAUUAGCGCAUCGUCUUACAACAAUAUUUGUUUUUAUUUGGAUUUUACAUGGAAUUCCAUAUAUUAUACUUUAUGAUCAUAUUAUUUCACCUUUAACAAAUACUAUUGUAUGUCAAUCGACAAAUAAUAUUCUUAAUCAAUAUACAACUUAUGGUUAUUAUAUUAUUCUUACAAAUUUAUUACCAUUUAUAACAAUUGUAUUUGGAUUAAUGGCUUAUUAUAAUGCACGACAUUUAGCUUAUCGAACAGUUCCUCUUGUUCGACGUGAAUUAGAUAAACAAUUAACAGUAAUGACUCUUGUUCAAGUUUUAAUUAGUUUUUGUGUAUUCAUACCAUUUUCCACACUCAAUAUAAUUUCCAUAUUCAAUACACAACAAAGUGAUCCUGUAUUUCAAGCUAUACUUAGUUUAAUAGGAACUAUUACUACAAAUUGUUUUAUUUUAAGUUUUACGACUCCAUUUUAUACAUAUAGUUGUGUUUCAAAACGAUUUCGUCGUCAAUUAAAACAUGUUUUGUACGAUGUACAUAUCAAACGAUGCCAAAAAAAUAAAAUUGAACCUAUUCAAAUCAAAACGGAUGGUACAACAAACAGUUGA